AUGGCGUCGCGCAAGCGCAAGGCGCUUUCCCUCGAGGAAAAGCUGGAUGUUCUCAACGCAGUCGACAGGCAGCCAGCGCGGAAAAGAGUCGACAUCGCCAAGGAUCUUGGUCUGCCACCCUCGACGCUUAACAGCAUCGUUUCGAAGCGUGCCGAGAUACAAGGGAAUGCCGCGCUCUUCGGCCCGAAAGCUAAGCAGGCUCGUGGCGCCAAGUAUGGAAACCUCGACGAGUCGCUUCUUACUUGGUUUAAACAAGCCCGCACUGCCGGUGUUAACUUCGACGGCAGCAUUUUGCGCGAGAAGGCGAUGGAAAUAGCCGACCGACUGGGCAUCAGCGACUUUGCGGCGUCAAAUGGCUGGAUCGACCGUUUCCGGAAGAGGCACGGCAUCGCGUAUAAGACUCACUGCUUCGCGCGGUGUGGCUUUCGCAUGGAUGGCGGAGAGGAAACUGCCACGGAAGCUGAAGAGACGGAAGCAGCCUCUCCUGAUCAAGAGCUGAGUGAAGCUUUGAAUGCGCUGGGUGCCACGGGCGUCACGUAUGACGACUACGUCGCCGUGGAUGCUGCUGUCGCGACGUCCGAGUGUCGUAGUGUCGCCGAGAUCGUUGCAGACUCGGUCGCGAGUGAAGUCUCAGACUGUGGUGACGACGAGGAGCACGAGCCGUAUGAUUCCAGGGAGUUGGCGGACCCGAGCUUUGGAGAAGCAUUGCAGAUGGUGCAGAAUGCAUGA